UGUUGUCUUCCUGACAAUUGGAGCGUCAGAUCCCAGCUGACGAGGAAAACUGCUAGAUAAGUUAACUAACAUAACCUAGUCCAACAUAUUUACUCUUAUCAGAAAAGGAAACGAUGGAGGUCGACACAGUGUUCUUCACUGACCAUAGUGGAAGAGUCAACAGCAACCCACUGCUGGACCAGCUUCCCAGCUACCAGUCCCUGCUGUACCGCAGGAAGUCGUCGAGUGCUGGCUCCAAACGAAAGGGCAGCUCCAAAGUACGGCUCAGCUCCUCUGGAAGUGGGAAAUGGGCCGUGAACACAGUCAACAGAAAUGAGGAGAAACAGAAGACCCUGACACUGCAGAGACCCAUCAGAGAACUAGCCAAAUCUAUGGCUGAGAAACGCAGAAACAAAACGCAGAGCCUUGAAAAUGAUCGAGAGCUCAGCAGCUGGCGACAGUGGAAGCAAAACACCGGCAGGUAUCUGAGGAGGCUGAGAGAUGACGCCCAAGAAUGGCUGAGCUACUUGCAGCUCUGGAGGGGAGACAUCCACCUGAUAGAGGGGAUGUUCGGCACAGGGAUCCUGUCUUACUUUUCGUUCCUGCGCUUCCUGGUCAUGCUCAACUUGAUCAUCUUUGUGCUCGUGUUCAGCUUUGUCAUGUUGCCCAUCAUCAUUGCCCCCCAUGCUGGAGGGAAUAUUACCUACAACCAGAAUGAUGGCAGUAACUGCAGUGUGUAUCCAAGCAGCGCUCGCCGAGGUCUCGUCAACUUCCAUGAGCACAUCACUGACCUGCUCUCUGGUGGAGGCUUCCUAGAACAGACCUAUCUUUUCUAUGGCUACUAUAAAGCGGACAAAAUCUACUUUCCAUGGACCACCUAUAAUUUACCACUGGCCUACCUGCUGGCCACUGUAGCCUACCUCUUUCUCAGUCUCGUCUGGAUUGUCAAAAGGUCUGCUACGGGAUUCAAACGCAACCUGAUUCAGGAUGAAGACCGCUUCCAGAGUUUUUGCAACAAGAUCUUUGCUGGCUGGGAUUUCUGCAUCACCAAUGAGAAUGCUGCAAGGCUGAAGAGAAGCAGUCUGCUCUAUGAGCUAAAGACUGAUUUGGAGGAGGAGAGGAUCAAACAGAAAAUUAAAGAUCGCACCCGCAAACAGAAGUGUCGGAUUUAUCUCCUCCGCUUCGUCCUCAACCUUUUUGUCAUUGGUGUUUUGGCUGCUUGCUUCUACAGCAUCUAUAUAGCCACUAUCUUCUCCCAGAAAGCACAGAUGAGCACAGUAAAGGUGAAUUUCAUUGUGGAUCUCAUCAUUGAGUAUCUGCCCUCACUUGUGAUCACCAUGGCCAACUUCAUCACACCCCUCCUCUUCUCCUUUAUCAUCAACUUCGAGGACUACUCACCUGCCUUCGAGAUCCGCUUCACCCUCAUGAGGUGUGUCUUCAUGCGGUUGACCAGUAUUGGGGUUUUGCUCUUCUCUCUGUGGUCUCAGAUCACUAACUGUACCAACGGGUCUUGUGUCUGUGGCUAUAACGAUAAGCUUUACUCUUGUUGGGAGACCCGUGUUGGACAGGAAAUGUACAAACUCACCAUCUUUGAUUUCAUCAUCAUUAUCGCAGUCACCAUCUUUGUUGAGUUUCCCCGAAAGCUAAUAGUGAAUUACUGUCACUGUGGCCUGGCUAAGUGGUGGGGCCAGCAGGAGUUUUCUAUUCCUCAAAAUGUGCUUGAGAUCGUCUACGGUCAGACGAUCUGCUGGAUUGGCACAUUCUACUGUCCGGUUCUGCCUGCCAUCUGCACCAUCAAAUACUUCUUCAUCUUCUACGUCAAAAAGGUGUCAUUGAUAAAGAACUGCCGUCCAUCCACACGUCCAUUCAGAGCUUCCAGCUCCAACUUCUUCUUCCUGGGCGUGCUGCUGAUAGGCCUGCUACUAGCCUGUGUGCCUGUCACAGUUAGCGUAGCACAAAUAAACUCUUCCCAGGCAUGUGGACCAUUUGUUAAUUACACCACCUCCUGGGAGGUGCUGCCAAGUACAGUGUCCAAGCUGCCCCAAGGAAUACAACGCCUCCUCUUUGCUCUUGCAUCAGAGGCUUUUGCUGUCUCUUUCUUUGUCAUUACAUGUUUGGCCAUGUUUUAUGUGAUUGCUCUAGCUGAAGCUCACAAGAGAGUUAUUAACCAACUAAGGGAGCAACUUGUCAUGGAGGGCCGAGACAAGCGUUUCCUGAUCCAGAAGCUGUGCCAGGCCCAGAAGAUCUCAGCUAUCAGAUCACCUGUGUCCAAGUCUCAGCCCCGCACCAGCAGAAGCAGCCCCAGCUACCACACAAGCUUCUCCAACAACUUUGAUGAAGCUGUGUUCCUGGCACACUCUCCUCCAGACUCUUCCACGCAUGUGUGAAGUACGGGCCGAAUAUCAUGGACAAAUAAACAGAUGCUACACUGGACAAAUGGACUGGAUUUUAAUGGAACAAAACUCUUUCCAUUAAUACCAUAAUGUUCUUUUUUGUAUUGUGAAGUCUAUAGACUCUAUGGACCUGCUGACUGUUGUGUUGCCCUUUCAGUGUUCUUUUAGUGACAAUCUGAAUAUUGUAAAAAUAUUAUGCUGCAUUGUUUAUAUAUUUUUAGACCAAAAUAACCCCUGUUUUUGUGGUGUUUUCCUCACUGUAUGUGCUAUCAUCUUUGCCUUCUGAGAAGGACUUGCAUUAUUAUAACCUCUAGAGUUGUAUGCACUUUAAAUGUAUUAACACUAAACUUGUCCUACUUUUCUAGUGUUUGUGUUAAUAGUACUGUACAUCCAUUGUAUAAAUCCUAACAUUCAUAUCAUGAAUUGCUCUGAAGUUGCGUGAUUAUGCAAAGUACAAACUAAUACAUUUUACAACAUUAAAGAGAGGCCAUUUAUUGGGCAUUAUGUGUAACUCCUUCACGGUUGUUAGUACUAUUAAUAAUGUUAGAUUUUAGGAAAAUGCUUUUUUUACAUAAUAGUUCUUUUUACAUAUGACUGUGGUGGC